AUGGGCUGUUUCCAUGGUAACAGACAACACAAAGACUACAGGGACAGUGAUGACACAAUGUCUUACCAAGGGUUCAUGAGCCGUGUUCCUAAAGAGGAGCAGGACCGUUACGAUAUGAAGACGGCCGCUGCAGAGUUUUACCGGGUUAACGGAGUGCCCCAGCUGAUAGAGAGAGCUCUGAACGAGCUCUUCUCCCACCAGCCCGAGGACCUCCAUGGAUACCUGGCAAAUUAUGUUACAAACCUAUGUGCACCGCCGAGGAUCAGCAGGCUGAAGGGAAGGGAGGUUUAUGAUGCAAGAGGACAACUAUCCAUCGAGACAGAGGUCUUCUGCAUCGUCUGCAACAAGGAAAAGAGCAUGUCUUCAGCUGCUGUCUCCAGCCACUUUGGGCCUAACGAGACAUCACUGGUCUGGAAAGCAAAGAGUCAAGAGAGGGCUGACCAUGUUAUGACUGCUGCUCAGUGGAUCAAUGGACCUCUGAACAACAUGCUGAAGGGCCAAAGCCCCCGUGACCAAUCAGAUGUCGACCAUAUACUCAGCAAUUUCUUCAUGGCCCGCUUCCUGGAGGAGAAAGACAUUCAGAAGGAGGAGGAGGAGAGUCGUUCACCCAGCGAGGCUGAUUUGGUGCUGACUUCUCCACGAUCUGCACAGACUAAAAAGAAGAGUGUUGACAAAGGUAAAAAGAGCAUCACUGCGGAGAAGCCAUUUCCUCCAGCAGAGCCACCAGAACCAGUUUUGCCUGGGAGCUCGGCCAUUGGCUCGGUGUCUCUUGCUGUGGCCAAAACUGCUGCAAAGAUACAGGGUAUCCCUCUCUACAAAUACAUAGCAGCUCUGAAGAACGGAAAGGCUCCGGCUCAGUUCCACAUCCCUGUGCCUUUGGUCACUUUGCUGAGCUGUGGAAAGACUUCUCCUGGAAAAUUGAGUUUGCUGAAGGAAGUCAUCCUGAUCCCCAAAGCUGGACAACAAGUCAAACAAAUUAUCACAAUGACCCUUGAGUUACAGAAGGAGAUGAUGAGAAUAGUGAACACUUCAACAAAAGCCGGGGCAAUGCUGUGUGACAGUGGAGCGCUGGCAGUGGCGUACGAGCGACCCGAGCAGCCUCUAGAUCUGAUCACUGAAGCCUGUACUAACUCUGGACUGGCACUGGGAACAGAGAUCCACUUAGCACUAAACUGUGCUGCCCCUGAGUUAGUAGACUGUUCUAAAGGGAAGUAUGAAGUUGCAACCGCAGUUUUGAAGUCUCCAGAUGAAUUAGUUGAUAUGUACCAAAGCCUGAUCAGCAAAUACCCAGCAGUGGUGGCCUUAAUCGAUCCGUUUAGGAGAGAGGACAUAGACCAGUGGGAGAAGCUGAGCGACAUGAUUGGAGACUCAUGUUCUCUGCUCUCUGACAUCACCUUGAAGUCAAAGGCCCCGCCUCUUCCAGGAGUCAGAGAUCACAUCUUAAAAUACAUUCACGAGACGACGGUCAGUGAUUUGAUCUGCAUCAUAUCAGAGCACCAAGGUUCAGUGUUGAUGGGAACAGCAUGCAGUGAGCCAUGCAGUGAUGACUCUUUGUCAGAUAUAGCUGUGGGUCUGGGCCUGGACUAUGUCAAACUGGGAGGUCUGAGCGGUGCUGAGAGGAUGACUAAAUACAACCGGCUGAUUUAUAUAGAGGAAGAACUGGCCCAACAGGGAAUCCUGGUCUCCGAGGAGAAGCACCCUCCUCCACUGUUCACUGACAAACCACAGGAGCAGUCUGCUACAGCAGAGAGUACCGUCUGACACGACCGGCUCACAGCUUCUAUUUGAUUUGAGAAAAUAUGAUUUAAACGUUUAAAUCAAGUGUCUGUGCUGGCACAUUAUAUUCCACUUCCAUCAUUUAGUUCUGCUGUUAUCUCAUACUUGCCUGUCAAUAUUUCACUGUAGAACCAGCGGAGUUGAUUAUGAAGAAAGUGCAUUAAUCUAGUGUUGCCAUUUUGGUUUAUUUAAAAAUGCUAAGUAAGUAAACAUAACCUUCAAUAAAAAGAGUUUUGACAGCCCCAGACAUCUCGCUGCUUCUUCAGAUACACACAAACCACCGUAGCAGGUGCUGUACGCUGUACCUCUGUACACAAACCUGCUUUCAGGUCACAGUCCAGCAUCUCCACCAAAAUAUCCAAACUCUGCAGCACUCAUGAGCCACAACACAGCAACUUCAGCCUUCAGUGUUCACCACAAAGAAAACAGAAGAGAAGACUGGUGAAGGUCAUUAUAUCAUGUGACCACUACACCUACUUAAAGCUUUUUAUUAAUUAUGUUUGUAUCAUAUAUUUAGGCCAGUUUUAUUGCUAAGAACACAAAUAUUCAGUUUCAAAUUUGUACAAAGUAAAAAUACACGGAAGAUUGAUUCUGCUUACUACUCUCAUUCUAUGAAUCAUUGAUGUCACAUGCAUUGAAUGUGUUGUAACUCUGUUAUGUUGUUAUGUCAUUCUGUACACAUGACAUCUUCUGUCCAUCCUGAUAGAUCAUCUGUUGCUCUCCCCAAGGUAUCUUCCUCUUUUCCUUAUUCACCCUCUUGUAUAUUUUUUGUACAUGUAUUUGCAGAGUACAAACGGUUCCACCUGCCCUUGGCCUUCAUUGGUGUUAUGAAGAGAUGUUCUCUAAAGAGUAUGUAGAUCAGUGAUUCCCAACACUUGCCAACCACAAUAAACCUUUCUCACAGUUUGCACAUGUCAACAGGUUGUGACCAGUUCAGCUGAAGACUAACUGUCUUUUCUAAUUUGAUUUGAGCAACAGUAGAGGUCAAAUUCUGCACUUUAAAUGCAUUUCUAAGUUUAACAGACAUUUCUUCUGCUCCACUAUUCUCUAAAUUAUCUCACAAUAAAACAACAAAACUCUCCACUGAAUGAAAUUAUUUUUAAUAUUCAUAUAAAAUGUGUAUAGGCAGGUGAUCGAUCACACUCCUUCAUAUUGACUUGUAUAUUGACAGUUCUGAAACAAACAAAUCUUCUAAUGUCCCAUCACUGUUGGAUGACUGUGGCUUCAUAUCAUAUGUGUAUUGAGGACAAUAUUCUAGUAGUAAAUUGAUUCAAGAGUGACAGAGCAGUUCUUGAUUCAUUGUGUUCAUCUGUGGAAGCUCUGUGCUUUAACAGAACUGGAUAAGGAAGGCUGUAAGAAGCUGUGGGAGGAUAAUUGCCACAGAAAACACACACACACACACAUACACACAUACACACACACACACACACAGAGCUGUGUCAGUGUUGUCUAACAAAGCAUGUCUCCUGUCUGUUUGGGACGUGCGAGGUAAAGGCCCCUUCAUAACUGGUCAGCCCCCUCGCUGACCCCUCUCAUGGCUCCUCAGUUCCUGGAGGAAAUGAUUCAGUCAGUGUAGAGACAGGAGGGGAGAGGCCUGGAGGAACAUCCGGCCGGCCUGCAGCACAGAAAAAGAGGCUGCUUGUAUACAGUGGGGAAUGGAGGAGCUUCACAAGUGCUUUGUUUACCAGCCACAUACAGCUGCAUGAAUGGGCCUGUCAAGUGAGUUUCCCUUAUUCACAGCUCUUUUCUAUUAAACAGAAUCUGGCUGACAUGGCCCUGCUGACACUACAAUAGUCCUGACUCACUUGUUAAGGCUGGAAAUGAAAAUGUAGACUGAAGUUGUUGAUAGCAGGUCCAGUUGGAAGAUAUUUCUUUUUUAUUUUGUGUCGGUUUUACUAAAGCCAUCAUGAUUUACACUAUUUUAGAUUCUUUCUAGAUUAUACAAUUGCUUCAUUUAAUCAAAUGUCAUGCAGAUA